ACUGCCGAAAAGAGAAUGCUAAAAAAAUUGAUAUAUAGGGAAGCAGUAUUACGCAAAUACGGGAUAGGGGAUUUUGCCAAAAAAGCAACCGGGAUUUCAGAGAGUAGAAUACGGGUGCACGCAAACACACCACGAAGACAGAGAAGCACAGUUUUCCAGAAAAACAUAACAGACUUCUUUGAAAGAGAUGAUAACUCGAGAAUCAAGGCCGGAAAGAAAUCAACCAUCACAAGAAGAAAAGUGAAAAAGCAGAUUCGAUUAAUGAAUGAUAGUUUAACAAACUUGCACAAGAAAUUUCUUUAUGAAAACAGCUCCAACAUCAGUUUUAGUCUUUUUGCAAGGUUGAAGCCUUUUUGGAUAAAACGAGCCACUGAGAAAGACCGCGAAACUUGUUUAUGCAAAAUUCAUGAAAAUCCCAUAUUAAAAUUAAAUAAACUUGCAAGUGAAGGUGUGUUCGAACACCGCAAUCUGAACACCUUAAUACAAGAUAUCACGUGCGAUACAAACUCAAUGUCCUGCAUGUACCACACGUGCACGGAGUGCAAGGACAAAGCAUUUAAAACUAAUGUCGUGAAGAGUAACAUAAAUACUGGAAAAAUCAUUGAAUGGAAAAUGUGGAAGAACAAAAGAAUUGAAAGAGAAAUAACCCUGAAUGGCGAAAAGCAAGUUAAGAAAUCAAACAUGACUUUAAAAAGCCAAGAAAGUGGGACUAUAGAAACGCUCAUUGGUGAAAUGCAUGAGGAGAUUUCACGACUUGCAAGACAUGAAUUUAACAUUAAGCACCAGUAUAAAAGGCUCCAUCAACUGAAACAAAAUUUAACAGAUAACGAGGUUAUCAUACAUAUUGAUUUCUCAGAGAACUAUCAAUGUAAAUAUGCAUCUGAGAUUCAGAGUGUACAUUUCGGUUCGUCAAAACGCCAAAUUUCUAUUCACACCGGUGUCGCCUAUUUCAAAUCCAAGCAUAUAUCUUUCGCAACCGUAUCGGACGAUUUGAAACACUCCCCUCCUGGAAUAUGGGCACAUCUCGAUCCUAUCCUCUUGCACAUCCGGCGGACCACUCCUGACAUUGAUAAAAUCCAUUUCGUCUCCGAUGGGCCUACCACACAAUACAGGUGUAAAUCAAAUUUCUACCUCUUUUCUACGAAAAUUUUCGAGUAUGGCUUUGUAAAUGGCGGAAGUUGGAAUUUUAUGGAGGCAGGACACGGCAAGGGCGCCCCUGAUGGUAUUGGAGCCGUAGUCAAGCGUGAGGCGGACACACUCGUCAACACCCAUGAGACGGACAUAAUGGGUGCUAGUGCUUUAAUGAGAGGUCUGGAGAAACUAGGAAGCCGUUUGAUGAUCUUCGAAGUGAAAAGCGAUGACAUCACGCAACAGGAAGCUGCUAUUCCAACAAAGAUUACCGGCGUUCCAGAGACGAUGAAACUCCAUCAGGUGGGUUGUUGUCAAAGAAAGCGGGACAGUUCAGUCAAGAAUCCUGAGUUGUUUCUGUUCACCGGAUUGUUCAUGUUACCAACCGGUUACAACCAAUUUCAAUGUCCAGCCGUUUGCAAAUCCCGUACCGAUGGAUGACGACAGCAUCGUAGGUCCACAAAACGGGGCUGAUCUUCCUUGUCAGAUUCUCAAUGUACCAGUCAGUAUUGACGAGAGUCUAGUUGACAGCUAUUGUUUGGUCGAGUAUGAUAAUAAACCAUAUCCAGGAAAGAUUACCGAAGUAGACGAUAUCAGUGUGAAAGUUAGUGCAAUGCAUUGUGUCGGUAUCAAUCGAUAUUUCUGGCCUUUACAUAAGGACGAAUGCUGGUACGAAAAAGAUCGUAUCAUUACCAUGUUACCCUGUGAACCAGAGAAGUUGAGUGGCCGUCACCAGGCCCUACCUCUACCAAUAUGGGAGGCAGUGAAAGACAAAUAUGAUCUUUAAACAUUAUCCUUUGAAACGGAACUGUUUUUCGGGUUGUAUUUUUGUGUUGCAUGUAUGUAAAAAUCGGGAUUAACAAUCAUUUAAUUCAUAUUCUGUUACGACUAUUGUGUCGAG